UUUAAACCUAUACUAUCUGAGUGACAAAGCCUAUGGCGAAACUGUAAUAUGAAUGCCGUUGGGGUGUGACUGUUGUGGACGGUUUAGUAUGGACUGAGGGGUAACGGUUAGCUUCAUCUAUGGGGUAGUGUGCCUUACGGAUAUGUGCAUCCUUCGGGAGCACUAGACUGAUGUGUGCAUCCUUCGGGAGCACUAGACUGAUGUGUGCAUCCUUCGGGAGCACUAGACUAAUGUGUGCAUCCUUCGGGAGCACUAGACUGAUGUGUGCAUCCUUCGGGAGCACUAGACUGAUGUGUGCAUCCUUCGGGAGCACUAGACUGAUGUGUGCAUCCUUCGGGAGCACUAGACUGAUGUGUGCAUCCUUCGGGAGCACUAGACUGAUAGGUGCAUCCUUCGGGAGCACUAGACUGAUGUGUGCAUCCUUCGGGAGCACUAGACUGAUAUGUGCAUCCUCCGGGAGCACUAGACUGAUAUAUGCAUCCUUCGGGAGCACUGGACUGAUAUGUGCGUUCUACGGAACCACUAGACUGUUAUGUAGGGCACCCCCGAAUAGGAAGUUAACUGUUGUCCCCUAACGGGCCCAGUAGUGGGUCCCUUACUGGGUAUGUUUAUACUCACCCUUUCUCUUCUUAACUUUUCUGGUAAGGGCACGGCUAGGGGCAGACCGACGAGGGGCAGAAAGGAUGCGUGAAGGCCAUAUGGACGUGUCUGAUUUUAUUUUCGCUUCCGCUGAUGUAUUUUGUUAGAAUAUCUGUUUUGGUGAUUUUCUGUUGAUAACUUACAAAUUUUAUUUGAAACCUUUGUGAAUUUUGGAUUUGAUGACUUGAGAUUUUAUUCAAAACUUUUGCAACUGUGAUUUGAAACAGGGCCCGAUACCGUUUUGUUGUUAUAUUCCUAACGUUUUAAGAAAUCGUAGCUGGUUCAUUAUAAAUUUUGUGUUGUGUGGUCGAGUCGUAGUAUUAAGUAAUGACCUCAGCUUAGUCCGGAAAGUUGGGUCGUUACAUUUAUACACGAUCUUUUAGAUUUUGUUACACUAAUCUAAACAACAUAAAAAAAGAGAAGGAAAAGAAGAAGGACCAUGAAAAGAAAUCGUAGUGAAAAAAAAAAGAAAUCAGAUUUUGUUCCCCAAAUCUAAACGACAUAAAAAAAGAGGAGGAAAAGAAAAAACACGAUAUAAAAAGAUCACAACAAAAAAAAGAAAAAGAAAAAAAAGAUCAUAGAAAGAAGUUGCAGUAAGAAGAAGAAAAAUGAAACGCCAAACACGAAAUAUUAAAAAAAUGACUAACUUCACCUUGUUAUAUGUAUGAAAGUUUUUGUAAUGAUAGUAAAUUAAAAGUUUCUAGAAAAUCUAUUUUUUCUCUUAUUGUUAUUUUUUCUACUAAUUAAUACGUUUUAAAAUGCAAUACAUACACCUGUUACUCGUGAUUUGAGAAAUGCAAUUCUGAAAUAAAAACAUUAUUUAAAAUACAGAGACGUAGACAACUAUUACAUUUUUGAAUUCAUUCUUAAACUUCUUAUAUCUUUUAUAAAUUAGAUUGUCAAUUACGUUCAAAUGUGUGAACAUUUAUUGAAAGUGAGAUUAAUUUUUUUUUAUAAUAUAUGAGAUAUAAAGAUUGAUAAUAUAAGUUUUACCUUGAUUUGGAUAUUUGGGUAUUUUAUUUUAGAAUUUAGCAGAAGAUUUUAGGAAAAUUGAGUAGAAGCUUGUUGUAUAAAAAUUAUGCUUUAAGCAUUUAAUUUACCUUUCACCGCACAACUUGAUUUUGAAGGCGGCGGCCACUUGAUCUCCUAACGUAACCUCCACACCAUGUUAACAUUUUUCUCUUCCAUUUUCCAUUUAUAAACUUUAAAUCCCUUCCAUUGAUAUCACAACUCAAGCUCAUUCACCUCCAUGGCUAUUCUCUCCAACUUCUUAAACUCUUCAUCUACGCUGCAAUCCGUCACCACGGCCACCACCAUAGAAUCCUUAGAAUUGUCUAUUCAUGACAUCGCCAAACUCUAUGAAAGACGUCGAAAAUGGCGAGCUCUCUUCUUCUCCCCAAUUCCAAAUAACUUUGACACAUUUUCGUCUUGGAGAGUCCAUUUAAUCAUCUUCCUUGAAUCCACACCUGCUCAUAUCAUCACCGUUUUUCUCCUCGUAAUGGACCUUAUCAUCACCCUUCUCGAACUUUCGUCUUCGUUAAUAUCUUGUGGCUCACACGGAAAAGAUGAAGAAAAAGCUUCAUACUUUCAUUGGGUGAGCAUUUCCAUCUUGACCUUUCUCUCUGCAAAGACGGCAGCUGUGAUGCUGGGGUUGGGUCUUUCGUUUUUUAGACGACCAGGUUGCGUCGUGGAUGGCGUGGUAGCCAUUGUGGCGUUGAUUUUGGAGGCGGUGGCGGAGAGGAAAGGGGGCGGACUAAUAAUGGUGGCAAGUUUGUGGAGGCUUGUAAGGGUGGUGGAGAGUGCUUUUGAGAUAAGUGAUGAUGUCAUUGAAGUGAAGAUUGAAGGAAUAGUUUGGGAGUUGGAGAGAAUGAAAGAAGAAAUAAGAAGAGAGAAAGAAAAGGAUAAGAUAACAGAGAUGCUUUUAAGGGUAGAUUUGAAUCAUUUGUGAAAAGUAUAAUUCUCAAUUAAACUUUUUAU